AUAAAAUAAAUGUAAAAACAUUGUGACUUAAUACUAAGUGAAAGAGGAACUCUGUGGUUAGGAGAUUGUGAAUCAGCACUUGAUGAAGUAUAAUAUUAGAUAAUUAUUAGGAGUUCUUAAAAAGUAAAGGAAUAAGAACUGUCAUAACAGUGGCAGGAGGAUUAAAAUUAAAACUUAAUGGAAUAGUUCAUCAUAUAAUAGAAAUAUUAGAUAGUGAGACAGCAAAUAUAUAACAAUAUUUUAAAAUAGCAAAUGAAUGGAUAGAGAGAGGAUUUAAUAUUGGUGGUGUUUUAAGUAAUAGAAAUAAAUUAAAAGAAGCAAAGUUCAUUGUAUGGCAGGUAUCUCCCGUUCAGCAGCUAUAGUAAUAAGUUACGUUAUGGAAAAAAGGAAGAUGAAUUAUUAUCAGGCUUUGAGUUUUGUGAAAUCAAAAAGACCUUAAAUUAACCCAAAUAAGGGUUUUACUAAUUAAUUAUUAGCUUAUAGUGCCAAAGUUUCUUAGCCCCUAUUGUCUAAAAAUUCAAGAACUAAUCAUUUUGAACAAAAUUAAGACUAUUAUGUUAGCAAUUAUUAUGCUCCAAUUAAUCGAAAGGGAUCAGCUGGAAAUUUAUAAUAAAACAUGCUCUUUUAUAAAUCGAUAACUAAGUCUUUAUCUUAGAGUAAGAAUAAAAAUAAAUGA